AUGACUCUUGAUUACAGCGUCAUUCCAGGUACAACCCAUUUGGUCAACACCGAGGGAGUAACUGAAGUUGUGUUGAUUCCCACACCUUCUGAUGAUCCUAAUGAUCCUCUUAAUUGGAGUCGUGGCCGUAAGUGGCUUCACAUGUUCUGUAUUGUGCUUUAUGUUUUUGCUACUGGUAUUCCAGGAACGUGUAUCUACUCAAUUCUUCCCGACAUUUCUGGUGCUCCAGGUGUCGAAAUUUCUGUUGGAGAAUUGAACGCCGGAACUGGUUACGCUUUCUUGUUUUUGGGACUUGGAUGCUUGGUUUUCCAACCUUUGGCGUUGCAAUACGGAAAAAGACCCGUUUACUUGUUCUCCACCUUGGCCACUGCGUUGAUUUCAUUGUGGCAGCCAUACAUCACCACGAACGGCUCGUGGAUUGCUGCUAAGAUUUUGGCUGGUCUGGUUACUUCUCCUAUUGAAGCAUUGCCAGAAUCUUCUAUCUCCGACAUGUUCUUCGAGCAUGAGAGAGCCACAUACAUGGGUAUCUAUGCUGUUGCUCUUUUCGGUUCCAAUUAUGUCGCCCCUUUGGUGGCUGGUUUUAUCAACGAAAACAGUCAGGGCUUGGCUGUGGGAGGCUGGAGAUGGGUUAUCUUCUGGUCGGUGAUCUUCUGCAGUGUGAGUUUUGUGUUUCUCUUCUUCUUCAUGGAGGAGACCAACUACGAGAGAUCUUUGAGAGUUAAAAGAGGUGCUAACGAUGAGCCACUUGCCGUAAUUACCAGUCAUGGAGAGAAGAAGUCGCCUGCUAUGGUCUCUGUGAAAGCUGAGAUUUCAUCAGAGGAUGGUGAGGGCAAAAUGUACUUAGAGAACCAAGCUGUGUUGAUUGAUGCUGAUUCCGAUUUUGAGUAUGCUCCAGUGAAGACUUUUGUCCAAAGAUUGAGCUUGACCAGCGGAAUGAAAUCCAAAUUCUUGUUGUGGGAGUAUGCUAAGGCACCAUUCUACAUGCUUCGUUUCCCUAUUGUGUUGUGGUCAGGAUUUCUUUACGGCUCUUCUCUCUUCUGGUACACUGUCUUGAACGCCACCGAAGCUGUCGUUCUCAGUGCACCCCCUUACAACUUCUCAAGUUCGAUGUGUGGUUUGGCUUAUGUGUCGCCAUGUAUUUUUGUUGUCGCUAUCUACUUCUACGCUGGAUGGACUACUGACUGGCUCAAGAUCUUUUUUGCCAAAAAGCGUAACGGAGUGUCCCAUGCUGAAGAUAGAUUGUGGGCCUUGUCUGUUUACACCGUGUUGGGACCAUGUGCGCUUAUCUUGUGGGGUGUAGGAGCCUACAACGGCAUCCACUGGUUUGGAGUCGUCAUGGGUUUGGGUUUAAUGGCCGGCUUGUGUAUCAUCGGAUGUGUCAAUGCUGUCACCUACGUUAUUGAUUGCUAUCAUGAGGUUUCAUGUGAGGCUAUUGCCACUGUUAUUGUCAUCCGUAACACAAUGAGUUUUGCCAUGAGUUAUGGAAUCACACCAUGGAUCGAGAACACAGGCUUGAAGAACACCUUCAUUGCUGCUGCUUUUAUUUGUUUCUUCUGUAUUGGAACAUUUGCCGUGAUGAUUCCAACUGGUCACUACUGGAGAAAGAAGACCAAGGACUCCUACUGGAAGUUGAUUGAGCAUAGAAGAUCCCUUGGUAUCCACCACUAG